UUUCUCUUUCGAGUGUGCUCGGUCGGCGAGUGCCAGGUUUUCUUAAAUAAACACGAAAUAUAACUCAAAUAACCCCCGUGUUAGCUUCAAAAUGAAAAUCGUGUGCACUAAAUCCAACCCGCCUUUAGGUGGUCUUUUGGCUGUGGAGCUUUAUAGGUCUCAGUCGAAGAGUAUCGAGGUCGUGUGGGGCAAUGAGUCCACUGUUACGCUGCCAAACGCUAAGAAACCCGUGCCAUAUGGGACAAGCAAUGACCUGAUAAGGAUACUGGAGAAUGCCUUUAACAAAUCCGCUGGGCCUCUACAGAAGGUGACGAUGAACCAUUGGCUGUCCUUCAGCCUAAUCAUGGAGGACGAGAUGCCCAAAUCUGUGGAGUACUUGGACAAAACUCUUGGCCCACUCACUUAUUUAGUUGGUGAAUCUUUGUCUGUCUCUGAUUUGGCUGUCUUCAGUGUGUUGUAUGUGUCAAAUAAGUUCAAGGAGAUCUCAAAGUCCAACCCAUCAAUCAAUAUAGAGAGAUGGAUGAAGCUGGUGCAGGCUCAGCCAGCCGUUGCCAAGGCAUUGAAGGAGUUGCCUAUGGAUGCUCUUGAGAACCUAUUUAAAGCCUCAAACAGGAGGUCUCCAUCUGCCAACCCUGAGACAGCCUCAUCAGGUCGGCAGCAGGAGGGUAAGUUUGUGGAGCUGCCUGGCGCUGAGAUGGGGAAAGUGGUUGUGCGGUUCCCGCCUGAGGCUUCUGGGUUCCUCCACAUCGGGCACGCUAAAGCGGCGCUGUUGAACCAGUACUACCAGCAGGCGUUCAAGGGCAAACUGAUCAUGAGGUUCGAUGACACCAACCCUGCCAAGGAGAACGCAGAGUUUGAAAAGGUGAUCCUAGAAGACGUGGAGAUGCUGGAGAUAAAGUGGGACAUGUUCACCCACACGUCGCAGUACUUCGAGCUGAUGCUGCAGAUGUGCGAGCAGCUCAUCAAGGAGGGGAAGGCCUUCGUCGACGACACGCCCGCCGACCAGAUGAAGACCGAGCGCGAGCAGAAGACACCCAGCAAGAAUAGGGACAACUCGGUAGCCCAGAACCUAGAACUCUGGGAGGAGAUGAAAAAAGGCACGGCGCGCGGCGUGCAAUGCUGUGUGCGCGCUAAGAUCGACAUGCAGUCAGCCAACGGCUGCAUGCGGGACCCCACCAUCUACCGCUGCAAGCCCGAGCCGCACCCUCGCACCGGCAUGAAGUACAAAGUGUACCCAACGUACGACUUCGCCUGCCCUAUAGUGGACUCGAUCGAGGGCGUGACCCACGUGCUGAGGACUAUGGAGUACCACGACCGGGACCCGCAGUUCUACUGGUUCAUAGACGCGCUGGGGCUGAGGAAGCCUUACAUCUGGGAGUACAGCAGAUUGAGCAUGACCAACACAGUACUAUCCAAGAGGAAGUUGACGUGGUUCGUCGAGCAAGGCUUAGUCGAUGGAUGGGAUGACCCCCGCAUGCCGACGGUGCGCGGCGUGCUGCGGCGCGGCAUGACUGUGGAGGGACUGCGGCAGUUCAUCCAGGCGCAGGGCUCCAGCCGCUCCGUCGUCUUCAUGGAGUGGGACAAGAUCUGGGCCAUCAACAAGAAGGUCAUCGACCCCAUAGCGCCUCGCUAUACAGCUUUAGAAACGAACCCAGUACCAGUGAACCUGAAAAGCGUAUCACAGAGCAGCUUCACUGUGGCCCUUCACCCUAAGAACCCCGACGUAGGGUCUAAGACCGUAUGGGUGUCUAACAGACUGUUAAUAGACCAGGUGGAUGCUAAAACCUUGAAGGAAGGUGAAAACGCGACUUUUAUCAACUACGGGAAUAUUAUGAUUGAUAAGAUUCAUAAGUCUGCAGACGGCACAGUGACCAGUAUAGACGCGACUCCCAACCUCGACAAUAAGGAUUACAAGAAGACUCUCAAACUGACCUGGUUGGCUGACACACCGCAGUCGCCCGCUGUGGAAGUGUUCUGCGUAUACUUCGACCACAUCAUCUCCAAACCACUACUGGGCAAGGAUGAAGACUUCAAGCAGUAUAUCGGCCAUCAGACCAGGUGGGAGAUCCCAAUGCUGGGCGAGCCGGAGCUGUCCAAGGUGAAGGUGGGCGACAUCAUCCAGCUGCAGCGCCGUGGCUUCUUCCGCGUGGACGUGGCGCCAACACCGCGCUCGCAGCACACCAGCCGCGCCGCGCCGCUGGUACUGCUGCAUGUCCCUGAUGGACACACCAAGGAGAUGCCCGGACAGCCAAAGCCGGUGCAAACAUCAGCAGCCAAGCAAACGGCUCCGAGUGCCGGUGGUGACGCUGCCAAGUUGAACGAGGAGAUCGCCAAGCAGGGUGACCUUGUCCGCACUCUGAAGUCCGGCAAGGCUGAGAAGGCCAAGGUCGAUGAGGCCGUGAAGGCGUUAUUGGAGCUCAAAGCCAAGUACAAGGCUGCUACUGGACAGGAGUGGAAACCAGGCGCAAACCCACCUGCAUCAACCGCAGCCCCAACUGCCGGUGGUGACGCAGCCAAGUUGAACGAGGAAAUCACCAAGCAGGGCGACCUUGUCCGCACUCUGAAGUCUGCCAAGGCUGAGAAGGCCAAGGUCGAUGAGGCCGUCAAGGUCUUAUUGGAACUGAAGGCCAAGUACAAGGCAGCUACUGGACAGGACUGGAAGCCAGGUGCAAAUCCUCCCGCGACAGCUUCAGCUCCAAGUGCUGGCGGUGACGCUGCCAAGUUGAACGAGGAGAUCACCAAGCAGGGCGACCUUGUCCGGACUCUGAAGUCCGCCAAGGCUGAGAAGGCCAAGGUGGACGAGGCCGUCAAGGCUUUAUUGGAACUGAAGGCCAAGUACAAGGCAGCUUCUGGACAGGACUGGAAACCAGGUGCAAAUCCACCUGCUUCAACCCCAGCGCCAGCCGCAACCCAAGUGGCCGGUGGUGACACUGCCAAGUUGAACGAGGAGAUCACCAAGCAGGGCGACCUUGUCCGGACUCUGAAGUCCGCCAAGGCUGAGAAGGCCAAGGUGGACGAGGCCGUCAAGGUCUUAUUGGAACUGAAGGCCAAGUACAAGGCAGCUACUGGACAGGACUGGAAGCCGGGUACAGCCCCCGCCGCAUCGCCCGCCGCUGCGCCCACGCAGGGAAACAACCAAACCGCUGCGCUGCUCAAACAGAUCGCCGCGCAGGGAGACAAGGUGCGCAAGCUGAAAGGCGAAAAGGCUGAUAAAUCUACGGUUGAUAUUGAGGUGAAGAAUCUCCUAAACCUGAAAGCCCAAUACAAGGCAAUAACGGGCGUGGAUUGGACGCCGAACGCAGCGAAGGAAGCAACGCCGCCGAAGGAAGCGAGCGCAGCAAUGAACGGAGCGGACGCAGCCGCCGCGCUCGCUGCGGAGGUCGCCAAGCAAGGGGACCUUGUUAGAGAUCUCAAGGCUAAGAAGGCUGAUAAGGCAACCGUAGACGCCGAAGUAAAGAAACUUCUAGAAUUGAAGGCUAAAUAUCAGGAGCAGACUGGCACUGCGUACGCGCCGCCCAGCCAGCCGCGCGAGGCCAAGCCUAAGGAGAAGAAAGAAGCUAAGCCUAAGGAUGCUAAACCUAAGGAGGCCAAGAAGCCUAAGGAACAGUCACCUAAACCAGCGGCUCAGAAGGAGGAGUCAUCAACAGGCGUCAAGAAAAUCACCAGGCUAGGUCUUGAAGCCAGCAAAGACAAAGAUCUGCCUGAGUGGUACUCACAGGUCAUCACCAAAUCGGAGAUGAUUGACUACUACGACAUCUCCGGGUGCUACAUCCUGCGGCCGUGGUCGUACAGCAUCUGGGACCGCAUCCGCGCGUUCCUCAGCCCGCAGUUCCGCAAGCUCGGCGUCAAGGACGGCUACUUCCCCAUCUUCGUCUCCAAGGCAGUGCUGGAGCGCGAGAAGACCCACAUAGCCGACUUCGCCCCUGAAGUCGCGUGGGUGACGCACUCCGGGUCCUCGGAGCUGGCUGAACACAUCGCCAUCCGGCCCACCUCCGAGACAGCCAUGUACCCCGCCUUCGCCAGGUGGAUACAGAGCCACCGCGACCUGCCCUACAAGCUCAACCAGUGGAACAACGUUGUGCGAUGGGAGUUCAAGCAGCCGCAGCCGUUCCUGCGCACGCGCGAGUUUCUCUGGCAGGAGGGGCACACCGCCUACCGCACCACCGAGGAGGCCGGCGAGGAGGUGCUGCAGAUACUCGAUCUAUACGCGCAAGUGUACGAAGACCUCCUAGCGGUGCCGGUGAUCAAAGGCCGAAAGACUGAGAAGGAGAAGUUCGCGGGCGGAGACUACACCACCACCGUGGAGGCCUACAUACCCGCCAGCGGCCGCGGGAUACAGGGCGCAACCAGCCACCACCUGGGCCAGAACUUCUCGAAGAUGUUCGAGGUCGUAUACGACGACCCCGACACGCAGGAGAAGACCUACGUCUACCAGAACUCGUGGGGACUCACCACCAGGACCAUCGGAGUAAUGGUGUUAGUCCAUGGAGACGACCGCGGUCUGGUGUUGCCGCCGCGAGUGGCUGAUAUCCAAGCCAUCGUAGUCCCUUGCGGCAUCACGGCCUCGAGCACUCAGGAGGAGCGGAAGAAGCUCAUAGACUCGUGCAAGGAGUUGGUGGACGAGCUGGUCGCAGGAGGCAUCCGCGCUGAAGGAGAUUAUAGGGACAACUAUUCGCCGGGGUGGAAAUUCAACCAUUGGGAGCUUAAGGGCGUACCAAUCCGCGUGGAGCUGGGCCCGAAAGACAUGGCAAAGGGCGAGAUAGUAGCGGUGCGACGGCUCAACGGCGACAAGCUGACACUGAAGCGCGCCGGCGCAGCCGCCGAGGUCGACGCCCUCUUGGAGAGGACCCAGAACGAGAUGUUUGAACGGGCGACUAAGGAGCGCGACUCGCGCUUGUCGCUGGUGACCAAGUGGGAGGACUUCACGGACGCGCUGGAACGCAAGCACAUCCUGCUCGCGCCCUUCUGCGGGGAUAUACCCUGCGAGGACAGCAUCAAGAACGAUAGCGCCAGGACGGAUGACGACCCUACAACCGACGUGAAGGCUCCAGCGAUGGGAGCCAAGUCUCUCUGCAUCCCGUUCAAGCCUCCUCGUGAGCUCACUGCCUCUGACAGAUGCAUCCACCCCGCAUGCAAGAAUAAACCCAAGUUCUUUACACUCUUCGGACGAAGCUACUAAUGUCUUCCAACAUAAUACAUUGUUGAUUUUUGCUAAGAAGUAAAAAGUGUAUUUUAUAAUAAUAAAUAAAAUAAUUUAUUAAUUCAUA